GCCGCCUCCAGCCUCAUGAGGACGCCCAGGCGGGGUCUGAGAGCCUGGAGCAGCCUGGACCGAAAUUUUGCGGCGGCCUUAGAGCGUUAGACAGGAUGCGGCUGGGCCGCCGGGCCCUCUGUAUGCUGGUCCUGCUGCUCGCCAGCGCCUCGCUGGGGCUCCUGUAUGCGAGCACCAGGGUCGCGCCGGGCCUCCGGGCACCUCUUGCGCUGUGGACGCCCCUGCAGGGCAACCCCAGGCCAGAACUGCCAGGUCUUGCUCCCGAGCCCCGGUACGCACAUAUCCCAGUCAGGAUCAAGGAGCAAGUGGUGGGGCUGCUGUCUUCAAAUAACUGCAGUUGUGAGUCCAGUGGGGGGAGCCUUCACUUCCCCUUCCAGAGGCAGGUCCGAGCCAUUGACUUCACCAAGGCCUUUGACCCUGAGGAGCUAAGGGUUGCCUCUGCCUCAAGGGAACAGGAGUUCCAGGCCUUCCUUUCAAGGAGCCAGUCUGCUGCUGACCAGCUGCUCAUAGCCGCUGCCAACUCCCCGCUCCAAUACCCCCUGCAGGGUGUGGAGGUCCAGCCCCUCAGGAGCAUCUUGGUGCCAGGGCUAAGCCUGCAGGCCACUUCCAGUCAGGAGGUCUAUCAGGUGAAUCUCACUGCCUCCUUGGGCACCUGGGACGUGGCAGGAGAAGUGACAGGAGUGACUCUCACUGGAGAGGGGCAGCCGGAUCUCACUCUCGCCAGCCCAGGGCUGGACCAACUCAAUCGGCAGUUACAACUGAUCACCUACAGCAGCCGAAGCUACCUGGCAAACACAGCAGACACAGUCCGAUUCUCCACCGAGGGACAUGAAGCUGCCUUCACCAUCCGCAUAAGACACCCCCCCAGCCCUAGGCUGUACCCACCUGGGCCUCUACCCCAGGGAGCCCAGUACAACAUCAGCGCUCUGGUCACCAUAGCCACUAAGACCUUCCUUCGUUACAAUCGGCUACGGGCGCUCAUCGCCAGCAUUCGCCGCUUCUACCCGACGGUCACAGUGGUCAUCGCCGAUGACAGCGACAAGCCAGAGCGCAUUAGCGGCCCCCACAUCGAGCACUAUCUCAUGCCUUUUGGCAAGGGCUGGUUCGCCGGCCGGAACCUGGCUGUAUCCCAAGUAACCACCAAGUACGUGCUGUGGGUGGACGACGACUUCGUCUUUACGGCGCGUACGCGCCUAGAGAGGCUUGUGGACGUGCUGGAGCGGACGCCGCUGGACCUGGUGGGGGGCGCCGUGCGCGAGAUCUCCGGCUUCUCCACCACCUACCGGCAGCUGCUGAGCGUGGAGCGCGGCGCGCCAGGCCGCGGAAACUGUCUCCGGCAGAGGCGAGGCUUCCACCACGACCUCGUCGGCUUCCCAGGCUGCGUGGUCACCGACGGCGUGGUCAACUUCUUCCUGGCGCGCACGGACAAGGUCCGCGAGGUCGGCUUUGACCCGCGCCUCAGCCGCGUGGCGCACUUGGAAUUCUUCCUGGAUGGACUUGGUUCUCUUCAGGUGGGCUCCUGCUCAGAUGUCGUUGUGGAUCAUGCCUCCAAGCUGAAGUUGCCUUGGACAUCAAGGGAUGCUGGGGCAGAGACUUAUGCCCGGUACCGUUACCCGGGAUCAUUGGACGAAACUCAGGUGGCCAAACACCGCCUGCUCUUCUUCAAACACCGGCUCCAGUGCAUGACCUCGGAGUGAUGGUCACUCAGGGCCUUCCAACUGUCAGGCUGGGCCUGCCUCCUUGUCCUUGCCAGAAUUUCUAGCAAACCCCACUGGCCACUGACCACUCUGCUGACUGUGCCCAAUCCCCCUCAGAACUGGAUCCUAAACAGGGGCUUGUCCUGCUGAUGCUCGUCCUUUCUGUGAGUGCCCAGGGGCAUGAUGGAGCCAUAACUCAUCCCACAGCCAGUGCCAAGUCCUCCCCCCACCCCCUUCUCAUGGGGCAGGAAGUGGGGGGUUGCUUUCCAAGUGCCAAAGAGUCCAUGGGGACUCUAAGACCCUAAAGCGGAAACACCCUCCUCUCGUCUCCUUGGGACUACGGAGAUGGGGAAGCCCCCAACAUAUAUUCCCAGGGCUGCCCCGCCUUCCAUCUCUGGAUACGGGACUCUGUGCAGCAGCUACAACUGCACCCCCAUGGAGAGACCUGGUGACUCUGGAGCUGGUAUGGGGGCUGGUGAACACAUAGGUGAAAGCCA